UGCAGUAAGUCGCAGUAAGUUCUACAGAAAACAUGAAUUCGAUACUUAGUUUAGUGCUGUUAGCCACAGUAUUAGCGAGUUCUAAUGCCGAAAAUACAACGCAGGACUUGGACCCGAGAAUCGUAAAUGGCGUAGACGUGGGGCCAAACGAAAUUCUAUACCAGGUUUCGCUUCAAAGAAACGGCGGCGGCCAUUUCUGCGGCGGGUCUGUCCUCAGCAGAAAUUACGUGCUCACCGCGGCUCACUGCCUCGAACGCAUGACCCCCAACAUGGUCAGAAUUGUCGCCGGAACCAAGAACUUGAACAACCCAUAUUCCGUGCACCAAGUGGUGAGGAUUGUCAUGUACCCUCAAUACAAUCCGUCCAACAUCUGGAUCCACGACAUAGCCUUGAUCAAGGUCAGGGAGCCAUUCGCGAUAGGGCCGCGCAUACAAAUCGGCGCCCUGCCACAAAGAAAUCAGUUUAUUCCGGAUAACGCGGCCGCUGUUGUGUCGGGAUGGGGCAGGCUCAUAGAAAAUGGGCCGUCGACGAUGAUAUGUAAGAAAGUGACUCUCUUCAUCACCAAUCAGCAAACUUGCAAGAGAAUCUAUGGAAUUCUUUACGACACGCAAAUUUGUGCCAGCGAUCCAAGAGCUAUGAAAGGAUCGUGCCAGGGCGAUUCUGGUGGCCCCCUUACGGUCAACGGAGUAAUUGUUGGAAUCGUAUCGUGGGCAAGAGGAUGUGGCCUACAGAAUUUCCCCAGUGUCUACACACGCGUUACUUCUUACAUCGAUUGGAUUUAUUCAAACGCUGUUUAAGUUAAGGCAAAAAGAUUGACAAUUAUACGACAAGCUAACUGUUAGCAAAGAUUAACUAAUUAAAAAAAAAAACACAAUUCAUUAUUAA